AUGGCCGAGAUCCUCGGUCUUGCCUCCAGUAUUAUCACGAUAGUCGGAGUAGCAGGGAAGCUGGGCACCAGUACGGUCCGGCUCAAACGUCUAUGGGAUGAAGUGCAGGAUGUUCCGGAGAGCAUCAGAAGGUGUAUCGAUCACCUUGAACUGCUUGCUCCCGCGAUUGAAGAUAUGGACAACGAGUUCCAGCAAACGCGCCACAUGGUACAGAACGACAACGCGGCAAAGCGCAGUCUCGAGUACUCACGAAAGGCCGUAGAAACACUUGAGACCUUGGUGAGAGAUAUGGAGAGUCAGAUUACUGCUACUCGAAAGAGGAAAAGAUUCGUCGCUCAGUUCAAAGUCAUGAUCAAGAAAGAGAUGAUAGAAGAGCAUCAGCGACAACUGGACUCGGCACUGCAGCUCGUUUCUCUAUCACAGCAAACAUAUCUCAUCGCCUUAUCGCGAUCCCAGUCGGCGAUUAUGGUGUCUGAGCUCAAAAGUUGGCAAGAGUCAGAGCGGCGGCAAAUUGUCGAACAGGAGCCAGAUGCGUUGAUUACCACGAAAAAUAAACAUAUCAAGCAAAAGUCGAUUUCUGUCCAUCAAUUGCGACUACAGUUACCACGGUGGCUGAUGCAAAGGGCUUGGGACUUCCAUGCUCUCCGAGCGCCCAACGGCUGGACAAUUCAGCUCAGGGCCUGGACUACUCGUCCUUACGACGCCGAGAUAUUUGCACUCAUUGCGUAUGGCCGAACUGACUUAGUUGUGAAGGCUAUUAGAAACAAAGAAGCUUCUAUUUAUGAUCGAAAUUCGCAUGGCGAUUCACUAAUCGAGGUGGCAACUCGCGUCAUGCAGCUAGACGUGAUCAAAGCACUCAUGUCUAUGGGUCUAUCUUUAGCCGACACCAAGGAGCACAGCAUGAUUUCUUAUUUAUUAACGUGGUCCCGGGUGCAGCCAGAUGCAUCGCUUAUAGAAUUUAGCCGUAUCUUGUUAACUGAGAUAAACGACUUCAAGUAUCAUGCUUACACUCUUGGUUUAGUUUGGGGUUUCGAAGGUUUUUGGGAGUCGCUGCGUAGCCGUAUAUUUCUCCAGGGGCUGGUCGACAUCAUUGAGUGGGAAAUGGUUAAUCCACUGGUACCUCUCGAAAUGCUAUCGCGAGGUGUGAUCGCCCCUGAAAACUUACGCAAAAGAUAUGGCCGUUCUGGUUCCAAUUUGCAGGACUUUGCGACACAGUACCUCCACACAUUCCUCAAUAGUCGAGCUAGCAUGGAAGGAUGGCGACUGCUGGCUCGUGAGAUCUUUGUUGGAGCUACGGCGAGUGAAGCUUCUUCUAUGGUUAUCAUAGAGAUCCUCACGAGUCUCUGGCGAAGACAGUUCGCCUUGCAGCCGUUCGAAACAUGGGUUAGAAAGGCACUUGUGAUGUUACUGGAGGAUCUGGCGGUUGCGGGCGUUGAUCUGGAGGAGUACAUGAGAUGGGAAGCCAUUCGCAGCUAUGAGUCCAGUUAUGAGUCCAGCUAUGACUCUAGCGAUGACUCUAACGAUGACUACAGCGAUGAUGACAGUGACGAUUGUUCCUAUCCGCAAAGUUAUAUUGGUCGUUGGAUGGUUGACCAUCUACGAUUGCGUGUGGGAAUGAGAAUACCAGCAUCUGGUCCAGCGCUGAUAAUUCGCGCCACUGGGCACUCGCCGAGUGAUUGGACUUUUUCGUGGGAUCCCUGCGUUGAAGAACUAUCUGGCGAGUUUUUAAGCGACAUCGAACAACCCAUACCAGGAGCAUGGUCAGACUUCGAUUUGCACAUCGAAAACCCCCUCGCUGAUCGCUGUCAUAUGAAAUACGUGUUCUGUGAGAUCACAAGGGUGGUCGGUAGCAAGAGCAAGCUGAAAGAGAAUGAGUUGCUGCGAGUGCGAGGAAUGGCAACUUGCCAAGAGAUGUUCCCGGCAUAA